GUAUAUGUUGCUAUAGUGUCUGUAUUUUCUCAAUAAAAGUGUAGAACGAAGAACAUAUAAUCAACCUGUAUAGCCCGAAAUAAUACACGAAGAUAUACGAAGAACUUACAGUAGGUAUACUUGACUAAGAACGUUUUGGGAAAAACAGCUAACUUAAGAAGGACGUAGCAUAAGAAGGCUUCGGGAAACACUGCCCAUAUCAGUAGUAGUUUGUCAUAUACUGUGUGUCAUCAGUUAUCACCAGUUUCAAUAUCCUUUCAAGUAUUUAUGGGCUUAUUGUUUGUCUAUAACACUACAUAUCCAAAUAAGGAACUAUAACUCCGACCCAGUACCUCUUAGGAUAUCUAAAGGGCACGUGAAAUGCUAUAAAGCCUUUGACACGAUGAGACUUUCACAACACAACUUAAGACUGCUCUUUAGAGGAAAAUAAUGGCAGAAUCAAAACAAAGUCCUUUACUUUCUGUUUAUCCUUCAAGCUGUUUAUUUGAUGAACAAAUCGAGGUGGAAGUUAAACACUUGUCCGCUAACUGUAAAGUUACUCUUCAUGCGUUGAUUCAAUCUGAUGACGGGGUUGAAUGGGAAGCGUUUGGUCAUUACAUCAGUGAUUCCUCAGGAAUCGUUAAAGUUUUCAGAGAUGAAAGUCAAGGUGGGACUUUUGAGGGACUUGAAUCUAUGGGUCUUCUUUGGAGUAUGAGGCCAGUUCCUGAAACUAAACCAGGUCCCAGAUUUCAGAAGAACAAUGUCCAAACAACAGUUAAGGUGGUAAUUUCUGUGUAUGAAGGACAUCUUGCCAAUGGCUUUAAGCAUCACACUCCGCUCACAUCAGCAUCUGUUGAGCGAUCGUCUUUGACCUCUGGAGUUCAUAGAGUUGAAGUGACAGAGGGGGGAAUAAAAGGGACGCUCUUCAUUCCUCCAGGUCCUGGACCUUUUCCAGCUGUGCUUGACUUGUGUGGAGGACUGGGCGGCCGGGAUGAGCAUCAUUCAGCUCUCUUGGCAUCCCAUGGCUAUGUUUCACUGGCCCUUGAAUACAUCGGGUUCCUGAAUGCUUCGGGAAAACUUGAGCAUGUGGACAACACUUACUUUGAGACUGCCUUUACGUUUCUUAAAAAACACCCCAAAGUUUGUCCUGACAAGGUGGCUGUGAUGGGCAUGUCAUUUGGUGUCUCUGUCACACUGGCAAUGGCUGCGUACUCCGAGAUUAUACAGCCCAAGUGUGUGGUUUGUGUGAAUGGAUUUCACAUCAUGCCGCUCAAUGGCUCUUUGGCAGAUGUCUAUGCCGCCCUCCAACAGAACGUUGACAAAACCCGAUUGGAUGAAAAGAUGAGAUUUAUUUGGCGGGAUUUGUUGCUGCCAAUUCCAGAUGACCCUACCAAAAAAGUUGAGAUGGGCAAGAUCAAAUGUCCCGUUUUAUUAAUCGUUGGUGAGGAUGAUCAAAACUGGCCAUCUUCAGAAUCUGCAACAGAUAUAAAGAAGAUGAUGGAGAAGGCUGGAAACAGUCAUCUGCUAACUCUUCUCUCAUAUCCUGGAGCGGGUCACUUGAUCGAGCCGCCCUACAGCCCUCAUUCACGAUUCAGUGAGUUCAAGUUGCUGGAGGCAAAGAUUAAGGUGAUGGUGGUGUGGGGAGGAGAGACUGUGUCUCACAGUCGGGCUCAGGAGAACUCCUGGCAGAAGACUCUGGCUUUCCUUGAAGAACAUCUCUAUGAUAACAGCAGAGAGACCACCAGAUGCUAA